CCUGCAUGUGUCCCUCCAAUCGGGAGCCAUUGUUUUUCACUUCAGGCUUAAUGCCUCGUUUCAUAUGGUUACAACUGGUCCGAAGAGGGACGUGCGCAAAGCAAUUUGAAAAGCCAAACACAUGCUCAUAAAAUGCUAUUACUCCUGUUCUGUCCGAAUCUUUCUGAGCUAUACGUGUUGUAAAUAAGAUGCUUCUUGAUGUUCCAGAUAUGGAGUCAUUGGAGUCAUUAGCUAAGUCGAUGAAUUUGAAUGGUUGGGGUCGGCGCUCUUCGGGGCGCCUCAUUAUGCAGGCGCAUUAAAAGAAAGCAGUGGGGGGUAAAUGGGUGGUUAAGGGCUCGAACAAUAAAAGGGGCAGGGUCUGUGAGGAGGGUCGGGAUUCAAAUUCUAAGUGGUAAGAUGUCCCCAUUGUCAGUGCGAUAUAUAGCAGGCAGAGAGAGAGAGUUGGCACAACAGAGAAGCUGCCUGUUAUCCAUCAGUGACGAUCUAAAGGCCAGGAUUUAGAGAUAUAGCACCAUGGCCUCCUCGCACUGCAUACGGAUUGCUAUAUUUGUUUUUUCAGUGAUGACAAGGGACAUUGGAGUAUUUGGUCGCGCAUUAGACAAGCUGGGAUUUCUGUCACAGUCCCAAAAAACUGCAGAUGAAUCCUCCGGACCAACUUUACGCAUGGACUCGUUGAGGCGCGGGAUCGCGGAGACGCACCUGGAGCGGUGCGCAGAGCUGGUUGCGCCUUGGCAGGAAAACACGCAAGCUCCCGAGGAUAAUGCAACGCUUUUGCAGCUCCGUGUUCAGCCCUUUUCCCCGAGAGCCUCCCGGCACCCGGUUUUCCCAGGAAAAUCUCUCUUUAGCUUUGUCCGACGGGUUUAUCACUGCUGUCAAGAAGGAGUAAACUGCAGAAGCGUAAGAGGAAUUCAAGGCCGACUGAGAAGAGGCACAGAUGUGGAGUUUCUCCUCACCAGGGACAUUUUGUCAUUGACUAUUAUGAGAGCCGAGCUCCACCUCCAACUUGCCAACCCACAACAUCUGGAUAUCUAUCCUGUGCUUUCAUCUAUGGCAAAGCGAGACCUACCUACACGGUACAGUUUGUGGUCACAGAGCAACACGGUGGAGCUGAGAGUAGAUCUGCUGUUCCUUUUCCAGAAUCUGAAACAGGCGACAGGUGGUGCAGGAGGGGCUCACAGCUUGGCGAAAAUGCGGGAGGUGGCGUUUUCUUCCAGGAGGUAUCCACCAGGAGAAAAGCCAGCUUCUGGGGCUCUGCAUGACACCGAUACGGAUGUGUGGGGGGAUGGGGUUGCCAGCACGCUGCCUGCUCUGGAGCUGGGCCUGGUCCUGGGCUGCAGUCGGGCUGCUUCGGGGGUAUCCUGUGGAACUGGCGGUGUUCACCUCUCACACACACCCUUCAUGGCUCUGUACUACCGGUGA